UGGCUGGAGCGCGGGUCCCGCGAGGAGGACGGUGGGCUGGGGGCUGGAAGCCGGAGGGCCUGGAGGUCGGGGUCUGGGGCUUCCCGGGGUCGUCUGCGUCGCCGAGCCGGGUUGAGCCACGGCCUCGUUCUGCGUGGGCAGUCCUCCAUCUGAUGAGUACCAGGACCUGUGCCAGCCCCAAACCGCCCAGUCGUCUGGAACUUAGAGCCUCCGGCGCAAGUUUCAAGACUGGUCCAGAAUGGCUACCCUGAUCUUUGUUGAUAAGGAAAAUGGAGAACCAAGCACCCGUGUGCCUCCCAAGGACGGGCUGAAGCUGGGAUCGAGGCCUUCAGUCAAAGCUUUAGAUGGGAGAUCUCAGGUUUCAACACCACGGGUAGGCAAAAUGUUUGAUACUCAAGCAGCCGUACCUAGAGUUGCCAGAAAGGCUUUGGGAACUGUCAACAGAGCCACAGAAAAUUCAGUAAAGACUAGUGGACCUCUCAAACAGAAGCAGCCAACCUUCUCUGCCAAAAAGGUGACUGAGAAGACUGUCAAAGCAAAAAGCUCUGUUCCUGCCUCUGAUGACACCUACCCAGAAAUAGAAAAAUUCUUUCCCUUCAAUCCUUUAGAUUUUGAGAGUUUCGACCUGCCUGAAGAACACCAGAUUGCACACCUCCCCUUGAAUGGAGUGCCUCUCAUGAUCCUUGAUGAGGAGAGGGAGCUUGAAAAGCUGUUACACCUGGGCCCCCCUUCACCUCUGAAGAUACCUUCUCCACCAUGGGAGUCUAAUCUGUUGCAGUCUCCAAGUGUUCUGUCGACCCUGGAUGUUGAAUUGCCACCUGUUUGCUAUGACUUAGAUAUUUAAACUACUUAGUGUUUAAUAGUUUGUAUGUUUUGUAUUAAUAAAGCAACUCUUUAACAGA